AUGUUAGUUGGGGUUAAUUAUGAGAAAAGAAAAAUAAAAUUUUGUCCAAGUCUGGGAAUCAUCCUUAUCUCUUUAAAAUCAUUUUUUAUCGGCGCGAUUGAAACAAACAAUUUUAAAACAAAUUCCCUUAGAUAGCUAACAAUUAUUACACUCCCUUGAGAAAGCGCCAUCUUUAAAACAGUAAAAGCAUUACAAACUAUCCUUUUCCUUCUAUCCUUUUUAAAAUAAUAAUUCCCAGUAAUUACAAUAAAAAGAAAACAAAAUAUUAGCUUUCCCAGAUGCAUC